CCGCGUCGUCAGCGUAGAGCAUGGCCCACAAGGCCUCCGCGUCCGUCACCACCGUCGUCUUCCUCCCCGCCGACCUGCCCUUCUUGCCCGUGUACUCCACUUGUGUCCCGAUCUUGACCAUGUCCGCCGUCACCUUGGGGUCCUUGUCGAACUCGGCCACGGCGACCAUGAGCAUCGCGGCAAAGAGCAACUUUUCCAUCUCAACGUGGUCGUGGACAAGCGUGUCAACGACAGAACCUUCAUCUAUCUCUAGGAGCAAGCUACCGCCCACGGCUUCACUCCUUGAAACUUGGCGUCAGCUGGCAUUACACGAGGACACCACGUCCAGCGGCAAAGUGGAACUCCUGGGCGACAAUGUGGGAAUCCUCGACUACGAACCCAAGGGCGAGGCUCCCACCGCAGAGCAGUUUCCAGCGGCCGGUGCAGAAGACGAGAGCCCCCCCAUGUCCAUGGAGUUCACCGUCGAUGAUUUGCUGGACAACAUCGCCACAGCAGAUCCGGCGGAACUGGAGCGGGCCUACAACACCGGACGUGUCUCUCCGGAGGAUAUCGUAGAAGCGGCCCAUCUGUCGUCCGAUUCCCCCCUUUUAGUUCCUCCUUUCUCGCUCCCGCCGGAAGACAGAUUAAUCCUCUUGCCCCACGACGAGUUUAUGGCGUACCAA